AUGUCUAACCUCGAAGAAGAUUUGAACACCCCUUUCGAUCCCUUUGCUGAGGACGAACAGGAAAAGGCCCCCAAGUCUGCCAAACACAUCCAUUUGCGUAUUCAGCAACGUAACGGCCGAAAGACACUUACCACUCUCCAAGGUCUUCCCAAGGAGUACAACAACAAGAAAAUCUUGAAAGUGUUCAAAAAGGAAUUUGCCUGCAACGGUACGAUCGUGGACGAUGACGAACUGGGUGAAGUGUUGCAGUUGUCUGGCGAUCAGCGUCUAAAGAUUGCCGAGUUCCUCAUCAAGGAGGAGAUUGCAAAGAAAUCAGAGAUCAAGGUGCACGGUUUUUAA